CCUCCGACCAAGAUGGCGGCUGUACACUCCAAGGUGUGUUCCCGGUGAGAAGACACGGAACUGCACUGACCUGCAGCUUCUUGUUCCAAGAGAAAUGGAUGGUAUGAAAACCAAAGUAUUUCUUUAAUUCCAGUUCUGCUGUCUUCGCAGCUGCAAGACCCAGCAGAAGAUUUUACAUUUUGUAAUGACGAAAUCAUUUCAGAGGGUAUGCAGAAGAUUGUAUUUACAAACCAGAGACAACACGUCAAAAUCUGAUGGUCACUCAAUCCAACAGGAUCUGAACAUCAUUGGCCUCUGAAUGUUGAAGGAGAAAUGAUGUCUGUGAGAGAAGAAUUUAAUCAUCAAUGUGACUGCAAAAGCACCGAGACACAGACACACGUCAGGCAUUAAUUAGUCUGAAAAAUAAUUGCACCAUCGACAACGGGGAGAGACAAUCAAUUUGCUCUGCCCGUGGACAUCAAUUUCAGUCAUUCAUUGAACCUGGAAAGACUCAAGGCCGCUGACACCAUGGAGAAACCGUGGAAAUGUGGGGUGUGUGGGAAGGGAUUCAGUUACCCAUCAGGGUUGGAAACCCAUCAACGCAGUCACACUGGGGAGAGGCCUUUCAGUUGCUCUGUGUGUGGGAAGGGAUUUACUCAGUCAUCCAGCCUCUACACACACCAGCACGUUCACACUGGAGAGAAGCCAUUCACCUGCUCCGUGUGUGGGCAGGGAUUUAAUGCUUUGUCAACCCUCCGGACUCACGAACAGGUUCAUUCUGAUGAGAGACCAUUUAAAUGUUCUGACUGUGAGAAGAGUUUUAAGAGCAGAAAAGAUAUAUUGAUACAUCAACGUAGUCACACUGGGGAGAGACCAUUCACCUGCAAAGUGUGUGGGAAAGGAUUCACUCAGUCAUCCCACCUCCUGACACACAAACUUGUUCACACGGAUGAGAGACCCUUUAAAUGUACGGACUGUUUGAAGAGUUUUAAAAGUAAAAAAGAUUUGCUGAACCACCAACGCGCUCUGACUGGGGAGAAACCAUUCAUCUGCUCUGUGUGUGGGAAGGGAUUCACUAGUUCAUCCUACCUUCUGACACAUCAGUUUGUUCACACUGAUGAGAGACCUUUUGGCUGCCCUGACUGUGAGAAGAAAUUUAAAAGCAGAAAGCAUCUUCUUAAACACCAGUACAUUCACACAGGAGAGAGGCCAUUCCACUGCUCCGUCUGUGGGAAGGGAUUCACUCGGUUAUCCCACCUGCUGAGACACCAUCGAGUUCACACUGGGGAGAGGCCAUUCUCCUGUGCUGACUGCAAACAAGAAUUUGUUGAUUCAUCCGACCUUCUGAUUCACCAGCGAGUUCACACUGGGGAGAGACCAUACAUCUGCUCCCUGUGUGGCAAGCGAUUCACUCAAUCAUCUCACCUCACUACACACCAACUUGUUCACACUGAUGAGAGACCUUUUCAAUGUUCCGAUUGCGAGAAGAGGUUCAAAAGUAAACAGAAUCUGCUAAAACAUCAACAAAUUCAUGCUGGGGAGGGACCAUACGUCUGCUCCAUGUGUGGGAAAGAAUUCACUCAGUCACACAACCUCCUGAGACACCAGCAGCUUCACCUAGGAGAGCAGCAAUUGGAUUCUGCUGUUAACUGCAUCCAGAACUGAACCUUGUCUGGCUGCCCGUUUCCAGUGGGUUUCACAGUUUUGUGGUGUAUAUAUCAAGGAUUUUGACUUCAAUUUAGGGGCCGUGCUGAAGAAGUUUGUAGCUAUCACAGAAGUUGGCUGGGUGGUGGACAAUGAGGAAGAAAGCUGCGCCUGCGUGAUGACAAUGGACUACGCAAAUGAACGGUAACAUGGCCAAUAGAAUUCAUUCUGGAGAUAAUAGACUUGGGAGGGUGGGGGAAAAUAGGGCAAGAAAACGCACAAUAAUUGGUUGGAUACUGGGAAUUGUAGAGAAACAGCAAGACCUCAGAGUGAUGCCCACAGAUUCCUGAAGGUUGGUUGGGCAGGUAGAUAAGGUGGUGUUUGGUUGAUCCAAGAAAAUGCCAGUCAGGAGAUUAUGCUGGAACUUUAAAAAACACUAGUUAGAGCAUAGCUGUUGUACUGAGGGCAGUUCUGUUUGACAUGUUAAUGAACAAGAAAGUGAAACUUCAUUAAUUAUUAUAAAACUCAAGUAAGUUUGAUAUUUGCAUAAUUAAAGUUAGUGUUAAAUUCAUCAAGUGUUGCUGAUCAAGAUAAAGCUAACAAAAAAGGGAUUGUCGCAAUGGAGACGUUUGAAUUUUUUUAGCGAAUCAAAAUCUGUCAUGUUUAGAUAAUAUGGAUAUAAGAAAAAAUAUUUUGGUGAACUCCCUGAAAAGUAAGCUAACUUGUAGAAUGGAGGAAGUAAAUUAGUGAGUAGUGCUGAAUCUUUAUGUAUUUUAACCUGAAAUUUAUUUUGAUUUAGUUACGAAAUAAACACACAUCCCAGUACCACGGAGUGCACAUAUAGUUCCAUGUGGGUAAACCAGGACACUACUUGUGUCUGGGGCAACCAUAAGAACAGGGAGGCAACUCUGUAUAACUGUUGGGAACACUAAAUUGACCGCAGCUAAAGUACUGCUCUAGUUUGGGACCCCAUAUUCCAGAAUAGAUGUGAUUACACCAGAGAGGGCACAGAGGAGAUUGAUGAGGAUCUUUCCGGGAUUGGAUAUGCUGGGGUUGUUUUCUGUGGAACAGAGAAGACUGAGGUGAGAUUUAAUUGAAGUGAUAUGAUAUUGAGGAGUCCAGAUAGAGUGAUUAGGAAUAAGCUAUUCAUUAACAGUGAGGUCAAGGACUGGGCGUUUUAGGUUUAAUGGCAUUCACAGCAAGAGGGGAAGGAGAGAAAUUAUUUAAUCCACAGAUAAUGGGGAGCUGGAAGGUUGUCUGAUCGGUGCUAGAGGCAGAAACCCACAUCACAUUAAAAUGAAACAAGAUGGAUGCGCUUCAAAUCCGAGAACAUCUAUGGUCUGGGAUCAGCUGGGAUAGUUCUCCUUCCGUCAAUAAAAGCACAAUAGUCCAAGUGACCUCCAUCUGUGCUGCAACUUGCCGAUUUGUUUAUUCUGACAAUUAGAAUUUGUUUCUGAUGGUGUUAAUGACUUCACAAAUUGGACUGGAGUUGAAUAUUCUGGAGAAAUGUCAAAUAAAUCAUCUUGGCUUCAAAUACGUCACAGUAGAUUGUUGGUUUCUCCCGAAUGUUUAAUAUCUCCUGGAGCUCAAAAGGACAAUAUCAGGCAAGGAUUAUAUGGCAGCAACAGAACUUCACCCUGGACAGAUCUUUCAGGGUCACACUGAUGGGGACAAAUAGCACUUUGGUCUUCAUCUUCUUCACUGAUAUCAAAGUACUGGUGUGGAUUAAUCCUGCAGUGUGUAAGAAAUGUGUCUCAGCCAUAGUAUGUCAUGGCUCAGAGUUCUAGCCAUGGAACAGAAUCUCACUUACAACUAUGUUUAGAGUCAGUGGAAGAACAACAGCGAGUGCUGGAAAUGUGUUUCUAUUCAGAGAUUAGUGUAAAACUGUGAUCGGUUCCUGAAUGGAAGUGAACCAGCAGGUUUAAGUUUCCCCUACAUUGUUUUAUCUAUAUCAGCGUUUGGCAAUCUAAGAUGAGCUACAAAUUAUACUUCACCAACAGUGUGACCAUGGGGGAAGGUUGACAAAACAUUAACUUUCAUUUUUAAAUAACUGUACAUAGUUUGGUCAAGAGUGGGUAUAAUAGAGGACAAUGUUGGGGUUGGGAAGUGUUUAAUCUGAAGGUGUCUCACCUGAAAAUGCCUGCAUUAUCACUUUCUAUUGACACGGAACCUAUCCCCAUGUUUGUUCUUUCCAGUUUUCCAGAAUUUGAUUUGUUUUCUUAAAUCUAUACUAAAUCAUGGUGUUUUGUAACAUGGAAAUCCUGAGGGUUUCAACUCUUUGUUAAAGCCAAUCCCCAUUCAGAACAGAAGGAUUUGACUGGCCCUCACUUUUUAUGGUCUCAAGAGAUAAGGGUCUUGUAAGGUGUUUGUAAAAACAAAGUGCUGGAAAAAGUCAGCAAAUCUGGUACCACUGUGGAGAAAUAGUUAAUGUUUCAAUUCCAGUGAUUCGUCUUCAGAAGAUAUUGCACAGAGGCUUCCAGACCUGUUGACAUUCUCCGAUAACAAGGUGUAGAGCUGGAUGAACACA